AUGGCCAUGAUGCGUCCAUUGUGCAGGCGCUGCAGCGCACUCCUCCCCCAAACCCGCACAUUUACGUCCUCCUCCGUCCGCCUUUCAGCACCGAAACCAGCUUCAACACUCCUCUCGAAACCAACGUGGUCCGUCGCCUCUCUCCUCCCACCGUGCUCGAGAGCUGGCGCCACGGAGCAGGCAACAGAAGAGCCAAUCUCCCGUGCAAAGCUACACCACCUCCUUCGCCUAUCCGCCCUCCCGCUCCCCGAAACCGAGGCCGAAGAGACCGCGAUGCUGCGCACGUUGCACUCGCAACUACACUUUGUGCGCGAUGUGCAGAGCGUAGAUACCACCGGUGUUGAACCUCUGCGUUCAUUGCGCGACGAGACAACAGAGGGUGUCGCAGAGGCAACAAUUGGCUUGCAAGAGCUGCAAGACGCUUUGGGCAAGGAAAUCCUCUUCGGUCACAAGAAACGACCAAAGAGACUGCGUGGAAAAAAGUUUGAUACCAAGGGAGUUGAGGACUGGAAUCCUCUGGAGACCGCGUCAAGGACGGCCGGAAAAUACUUUGUCGUUCAAAGCAGCAAGAGAGAGGAGUCAUGA